UAUAAACUGCUGAUUCAUCGCAAGGAAAGCAAAUGAAAAACUAUGUAAUAUUUUCAUAAGAGAAGGCUACACAGUUUAUCUUCGCAUAUUGUUGCAAAAGCCAAUAUUGCUGGUUAUCUCGAAUUCGUCGAAAUCGCUCUGCAGUAGUCAACAUGGAUAAAGUAAUCAAGGAAAAUUACGUCUCAAACCUCAAGUCUCUGGAAUACUGCAGAAAACUGAAUAAAAUGAUGAAAGAUGAUCCUACAAAUUUCCAUUUCUACUUAACGUUUCUUCAUGAAGUUUUCAGUUCGGGUUUAUGCAAAGGGAGAAAAUUAUUUGAGAUCGGAAGCGGACCUACUAUAUACAAUGUAACGUUGGCUAGUGCUUACUUUUCUAAUAUUGUGCUGAGCGACUUGGUUCCCGAUAACUGCGAAGAAAUAAGACGUUGGCUUAACGAACAGUCAUCAUUAGACUGGUCACAGUUUUUCGACUUUAUUAGCCAGUUAGAAGGCCAUACUGGAGACAAGCUAACUAGUCGACAAGAACUGGAAUCAAGAACCCGAAAAGCUGUAAAAUGUGUUCUGGAAUUCGAUCUUCUCUGCGACUUCGAAACUCAGCUAAGCGUUUUAGAUUCCGAAGAAGUCAAGCCGCCAUAUGAUACAGUGUCGGCAAUAUGCUGCUUGGAAGGAAUAUGUCCAGAUUUUGAAGCUUUUGUCGAUAGUCUGAGAAAAAUUAAUGAAAUCCUUAGACCAGGAGGGACUCUUGUAGUUUGCAGCUAUACAAAUCGCAGCGUGUGGUGUUUAGAUGAUAAAUCCUUCAAUUACUUACAUCUUACCCUUGAAGAAGUCCUGGAUGCCAUGAACAGAGCAAAUUUUAGACUUAAGUACCUCACUGUACGUUCCGUAUCGCAGCAGAUUGCUUCCGAAAAUAUACUUGCUUACUGUUCAGUUUUCGAAAAAAUCUGAAAUUCGUAUUCGACAAUCAAACUUAUACUAUUUCAGAAGUCAAACAACAAAAAUCAGCGUUAUAUUUUCAAAUUUGACUAGUUUCGAUGGUUUUUAACGAACCACCAUCCU